GGUAAGACCAAGACAAGCUUCCAACGAUCGGCGAAACCGAGUCACGCGCGAUUCGCUUCGUUUGUUUGCUCGUUCGCUCGUUCUGCUUCGGAACUGGAACCGAAAGAUUGCGAUGAAGCCUUCCUGGACGAUCACCGCGUUCGCGUUCGCGAUCGUGAUCGCGUACGGCCCGAACGGGUCGCCGACGAGUUGCACCGCGCUCAGCAUUCCCGACGAUCUUACCAACGCGAUCUCCACAGCGGAGAUUCCAAACUUGCUCAAGGCGGUGUUCCAAUCAGGAGGAUUGGGAGGGAGCGGGCCGAAUGCCGUUGUUCCGUUCAUGAACGCGAUCGGCAAAGCCGUCGGCGUGGAUUUGAGCGACUUGCCGAACCAUGUGAUCACGAAACUCAGGGGCCCGCUGAGAGGUCUGUCGGUGACCUUCGUGGAACUUGCUCGCAGUAUUCUCUUGGACAUCGAGAUUCCGCUUAAACGGUGGAUCAAAUCUGUUAAUACGGGCCUCGACAGGAUCGAGGCUUCGCUUGGAGCGUCGAAUGAGGUCGAGGGCCGCACCACCGAAACGACGAGACACCGGAGACAGCUGAUACCGUCGUUCGAGAACCCUAUCGAUUACUUCAUCGAUCAGGUGCAAUUACUGAUCGAAAAGUUAGAGAAUAUCCUGGUGGGCGUCGCAAGACAGAUUAAGCAAACGCCAGGCUUGGUGAUAGAUACCCUGACAUCGUCAUUUAACGUCGUUACGCAUCCGAUAGAAUAUUUAUCGAACAUUCUGAACUUUAUCCAGAGAUUCUCUCUCGACUCGCUGCGAGCGUUCUUACGGUCUCUUACCCCCAUGUUCCUCAAGUUUACGACCACGCAAUUAGUGCCCUUCGCGCAUCGUAGCCUGAACAACAUCGACAAGGCGGGCUUGCUACCAGCGCAACUUCACGCAGCGGUAUCGACGUUCAACACCAUGUACGAUCUUUCAAGAAUGCUCGGUUACGUUAGCUGAAGCCUGGAAGAGGAACCACGGAAAGCGGGAACAGGAAUGCGACCGUAACUUUGUUACACUUGUACGGCAAUCCUACAGUCUUUGCUCCUUUGUGCGAAAUAAAGUGUCGUCCAGCCUGAAA